AUGUCGCGGGACCGUGAGUACGACGGGCGCCCCCCGGUGCGCGCUCCGCGCUCGCCGGGCCGCGAGCACCCGUACGAUGGAGGGGGACGCGCGCGUUCGCGCUCGCCCCCGCGUCCGUACGACAAAAACCGGCCGGGCAACAUGCAGCGACGCCGGAGCUUUGGGCCGCGCUGGCGCGACGAUCGCCGCGACGACCGCAUGCGCGCGCACGACUACGACGACCAGCCGUACGACAUGCCGCGGCGCGACGGGCCGGACCGCGGGCGCCCCCGCCCGGCGCCGUACCACCUCGACGAUCCGCAGGAAACGCGCCCUCCGCCCGCGGCCUACACCGAGACCCGCACGGCACGCAACGAGGCGAAGCGCAAGCCGUCGCGCCCCGAGAUGCGGCCGCGCGACGAGCCGGUGGACGAUGCACCGCCUGUGCGCCCGAAGCUCGCGACGCCGAUCAAGGUGCGCAGCGGCCCCCGGCCCGGCACGCUCGCCCGCCGGGCGCGUGCGCGGCCUGCGCCGCUUGCCGAGCGCGUCUUUGAGGGGUGCAGCACGCUGGACAAGUACGAAAUUACCGUCAAGCUCGGCCAAGGCACAUUUGGCGAGGUCAAAAAAGGAAAGCAGCUCUCGAGUGGCCGCGACGUGGCGCUGAAAAAAGUCACGAUCCACGAGGUGAAGGACGGCAUGCCGAUCACUGCGCUGCGUGAGAUCAAGCUGCUCAAGACGCUGCGCCAUCCCUAUAUUGUGCCUGUGAUCGACAUGGCGUACAACCCCUCGGGCGAGCGCGGAAAGAUGGGCGAGGUGUUUAUGGUCGAGCCGUACAUGGACCACGAUCUGAACGGCCUGCUGGACAACCCCACGAUCCAGCUGCAGAUGAACCAGAUCAAGCUGUACAUGCGCCAGCUCCUCGAAGGCACACUGUACAUGCACCAAAACCGCAUCCUGCACCGCGACAUGAAGGCCGCGAACCUGCUCAUUGACAACAAUGGCCAGCUGCAGAUCGCCGACUUUGGCCUCGCGCGCCCGUACUUUGACCCCGGGCACGCGUGGAAGGCGCGGGGGUGGAAAGGUGGCUCGAACAACUACACCGACAUGGUCGUCACACGCUGGUACCGUCCGCCCGAGCUGCUCGCCGGGCAGCGCAACUAUGGCCCGCCGAUCGACAUGUGGGGCAUCGGGUGCAUUCUCGCCGAGAUGGUCACCGGCAAGCCGCUGUUCAAAGGCGCCUCGGAAAUCAACCAGCUCGAGCUGAUCGCGUCGCUGUGCGGCUCGCCGAACGACGACAACUUCCCCGGCUGGUCCAAGCUCCCUGGCGUGAAGAACGCGACCGCGUCCGGACGCCCGGACAACAACCCCGCGACGCAGGGCCGCCACGACUUUGGACGCCAUCCCCGCGUGGUGCGGCAGCACUUUACGACGGUCGUCGACGUGGGCCGCGAGUGCGCCGACCUAAUCGACCGCCUCCUGGUCCUCGACCCCUGCAAGCGCAUGACGGCCGCCGAGGCGCUCGAGCACGAGUGGUUCUGGACGAAGCCCUACCCCGCGGACCCCGCGUCGCUGCCCAAGUACAAUCCCUCGAAAGAGAUCGACCGCAACAAGCACGGACACAAGGUGCCGGGCCGCGUCCAGAUGGCGCCCAUGCCCGGCGUCCAUCCGCCGAUGCCGAUCCCCUCGGCGCGCGACGCGCUGCCGAUGGUGCCGCCUCCGAUGGCGAUCCCGCCCCCGCAGCAGCCGCCCAUGGCGCCGGGCGGUGGCGCCUAUCCUCCGAUGCCGCGCCUGCCGAUGGCGCCCGCCCCCCCCCGCGGCGGCGGCUUCCAGCGCGGCAAGGACCAAGGGUGGUACAACCCCGCGACGGGCGCGCCUGCGCGCCCUGGCGGUGGCCCGCCCAAGUACUAUUAA